CGAUUUUUUGAGGUGCGAGGUAUCUGAUGUCAUUAUAGUGCGAUGAGUUGACAUCUUGGCUCUCUCUGGUAGGGAGACGGAGACAGAGAUGGAUCGCUUCACUAUUUGUUAGUUGUCACCGAGCAUCUAAGGGAGCGAAGAAUAAAGUAGAAACGAAAAAGAAAACACGAGAGAUGUGGAAAAAUGAAGAAGAGGCCUUUUUCUAAGGGGAAUCCGUGGAACUUAAGUUAGUAUUCUGUUCAAAAAUAACAUCAUCUUCUAAUUCAAUAGUCUAUUAUUUACUCUAUGAUCUACCCGGUCUAUUGCCUGUCCAUCACUUAUUCCAUUGUCCGUCCAUCGUCCGUCUACUGUUCUUGAUGAACUUGUCGAAGCCGAUAUUGAGUAUGUGAGCGUCUGGGUUUAAUACCGGCCUCUCGUAGUUCGCCAAAACCCCUGUAAACACGGUUCUGAAGUCAAUACAGAUCAUGGCGGUAGUCUAUAAGGAGGUUUUCGAGGUCGUGAAUGGACAUGUGGAAUCUUACUAAGGAGCUUCACUCCUAUGGUAGGUCAAUUCCAAGGAGAGCGAAAGAUAGAGAAUGAAGAAUGAAAAUAGUAGGUAGAUUGUGUUUCUGUGGGCAGUUGCGAUGGACAGCAACUUCCUACAGUAGGAGAGGUCCUACAAGUACCUAACUCACAGAAAUAAUGACCAAUGAAUUUUAGCAAUGUGGAAGUCACACAUCCAGUUGUCCUCACGUUACACUAACACUCCCCGAUCUACCCCUCCUCCAAGUAUCAACCCCACCUCUGGGCACUCCCGCCCAAGCAAACUCCAAGACCAAAGAAACCUUUAACAUCCACACAAAAUGGCAUCUAAACUCCCUUUCGAAGUACGUUUUGACCCUCUUCUUGGUUUGCUGGGUGGAUUCUUAACUAAUGAUAUAAGCUUAAAAACGCAUCCCUUUUUAGGGAUAAAUCGUAUGUUGAUGGGGAAUGGGUUGAAGCUAAAUCGGGCAAGAGAUUUGAUGUCAUAGGUACCUCCAUAACUUUUCACCUCUUCAUUUCUCAUAUACUCCAUAAACCAUUACCCUCCUCAAAUCCUUUUCUCUCUCACCUACUAAAAUAUUCCUCAGAUCCCGGAACCGGCAAAACCUGGGCCUCAGCCCCAGACAACAACGCCGAAGACGUCGACGCCGCUGUAAAAGCUGCCCACGAAGCAUUCCAAAGCUACAGAAAAGUAAACCCUAGAACUCGUGCUCAAUGGCUUCUCAAGUGGGAUUCCCUCAUCCGAGAGAAUGCUGAUGACAUCGCGAAUAUCGUCACGUAUGAGACCGGCAAGCCGUUGACGGAGAGUCAUGGGGAGAUUGCGUAUGCAUUGGGUUUUACUUGGUGGUUUGCGGGGGAGGCAGAGAGGAUUAGUGGGACUGUGCAAGUUCGUAUUGUGUUGAUUUCUUGUGUUUUUUUGAUAAUUUGUUUUCGGGGAAAGAGGGGGGUGGUUUUUCCCACGAUGAAAUCCUUAUCCUCAAACCCCCUCAGAAUCCAAAUAACCUCAAGACAACCAUACUAACGCCCCAUCUAGACACCAGCAGCCCCAGGACGCCGAGUUUUCACUAUCAAGCAACCAAUUGGCGUUGCGGCAGCUCUCGUUCCGUGGAAUUUUCCUGUCGCGAUGAUCUUGAGAAAGGCGGGUGCUGCGCUUGCGGCGGGAUGCACGAUGAUCGUCAAGCCUUCACCUGAGACACCACUUUCGGUUCUGGCGCUAGCAAAUCUUGCGACUGAGGCGGGGUUCCCGAAGGGAGUCUUUAAUGUGUUGACGACUAGUUUGGAGAAUACUCCUGGGUUGAGUGAGGCGCUUUGUCGACAUCCGUAAGUACAGUAAGGUCUAAAAUGUUCUAGAGUCAUUUCUAACUCUAGAAAUAGUGAUGUAAAGAAAGUCACGUUUACUGGAUCUGUGAGUUCAUCUCUGUUGAUAAUCCGGUUGAUAUGAUGUGUGACUCAACUCAUUUGCUAACUUGAUUUUAGACCAGAGUUGGCAAGUUGGUAGCUAAAAUCUGCUCGGAUGGAUUGAAGAAGGUUACGCUCGAAUUGGGGGGAAACUGCCCGUUCUUGAUUUUUGAUGAUGCAGAUCUUAAUCAAGCUGCUGAGGGUAUGUCAUUUCUUUCUGGCUUUGAAUCUUUACUUAAAUUCUCCAGCGCUCAUGGCUUUGAAAUGGCGUCACGCUGGUCAAGCUUGCAUCACUGCAAACCGAGUCUACGUUCAAAGUGGUGUGUACGAUAAGUUCGCCCAAAUAAUGAAAGAGAAAACCUCUAAAUUAGUCGUCGGGCAUGGAUCCGAGAAGAGCACCACCAUUGGACCGGUCACUACACCGCAAAGUAUUGAAAAAUCAUGCAACCAAGUAGAAGAUGCUAAGAAACAUGGUGGUCAGGUUAUUCUUGGUGGAAACAAGAUCACCGAAAAGGGUGGAUACUUCUUUGAACCAACAAUCAUUCUUGGUGCCAAAAAGGAAAUGUUGGUCACUCAAGAAGAGACGUUUGGUCCAGUUCUGGCACUAUAUUCGUUUGAUAGCGAGGAUGAAGCGGUUCAGGCUGCAAAUAACACAAGCGUAAGCGCCUCAAGUAUUGUAGACGCUGUAGAAAGAUUUUGCUAAUCAAAAGAAAUAGAUGGGCCUCGCCUCAUACUUCUUCACUAAGAAUGUUGACCGAACAUGGAGAUUACUGGAGGAUCUCGAGGCUGGCAUGAUUGGUAUGAAUACUGGCAAUGCCUCUGCUGCAGAAUCUCCCUUUGGUGGUAUCAAAGAAUCGGGGUAUGGUAAGGAAUCUGGAAAGGACGUUGCCAUCAACGAGUAUCUGAUUACGAAGACUGGAACAUUGACACUGGAUCGUCAUUUCUGA